UGAUUGGAAACAAGCACAUUCAUAAGACUUAAAAAUUUCACCCGAUUUCUUCCAACCCUCUUGAUUCGUUUCUAGGGUUUUAUCCGAUUGAUGAUCCGGUGCUAUCGAGCUGAACCUGGAACCCCGGCCCCCUGCUCAAUCUGAGCUCAUGGUCCCUCGAAACCCCGGGUCCUCCCGAUCCCACGACCGCGUCGAAAGCCACCAAGGCGAUGAUCCCGAUUACGUCCUCUUCUUGAAUCAUCUCAGCCCCGAUCGCAGCGGCGCCUCCUACACUCUCCGGAUCAGCAACAACGUGAUCGGGUACGAAGACCAGGAUCGAGGCGGGAGCAGCUUCGAUCGUAACAAUACGAACAACAAGAACGAUGGUGACUGUGGUAGUUCUAAAGACGUCUCGGGCCCCGACGACGCGUCCACCGACGUUUUGGGAACUGAUCAUGCUGUCGUCUACGAUAAUGUGCUUCAGGGAGGCGAGGUGUUAUCUUCUUUCCAAAGCAGGCUAAUGGAGAGUCUAAAGAGGCCUUUUGAUCAGAGAGAAUAUGAUAGGUUAUUGGCAGAGGCGAAGAAGCGCAAACCCAUAGUGAAAUUUAAGCACCUGCGCACAGAGGACAUACCUUACGAAACCGAUGAACUGGGGGCUUCUUAUUUUCAUCACUACCCUGAUCUCCGCAGAAAGGUGAAAUCUGCUGAUCAUGUUGGGGGUUUGAUGCUGUUGCGCGGUUUUUUCUUUUGGCUGCAGAACCUAGGCCACAAAGGAGCAUAUAAACCUUGGGAAUCGAAUCUCUGACUAUUGUUUGCUGAUUGAAAGUACUUCAGAAUUUAAGAUGCGAUGAUUGCGAGUUGGAGGAUAGUUCCUCUUCUCAAUGCUUGGCAUCUGAUUCAGAACUUGGUCAUAUGAUAUCCUUUGGUGCACCAAUAUAUACUGCGCGUCACAUUUGGUAUCUUACAUCAUGGUAUUGAAGGAACCUUUGAAGCUAAUUUGUAUUAAUUGUACGUUUGGGAUUUAAAAAAACAAAAAACAAAAUCGAAUACACUUUAAUCAAGUUAUAUUCUUUCAUUUCUA